AUGGAUAUAUCAAUUGAAACAAACUCAAUGGAAACACAAUCAAUAACAAUGCAAUCAACUGAAAUGCUUUCAUCUCUAACACAACCUUCUGAAAUACCUGAUGAAUCAAAAACGUCUCAAAUUUUUGACAUGAAACACUUGCAGGAUGUUCUUGAUAAAGCUCAUGUAUGUGAUGGUGGUCGUUUACAAUUAAUACCGAAUGCAUUACCAUCUAUAGGUUUAUUCCAUCAAAAUGUUUUACGUUGUACAAAAUGUUUUAAUGAAACUCCUUUGACUAAUUUUCAAGUUAUGCAAUCCAUGAAAGCUGAACAACAAGAACCCAACAAAAGAUUAUGA